AUGGAGUGCAAAAAGAAACUAUCUAUACAAAUACUACUGAUAACUCUACACGCUUUUCUGCUCUAUCUGAUUAUAACAAGCAACGCACUGGCCCUUGUGAUCAAUCUAGUUGGAUUUGUGAUUGGAUCGUAUGCCUUUGAAAGCUGUUUCAUAUCAUUUGCUACGAUAGCAGUGGCUAACCUAGUAAAAUACUCAUGCGAGCUGGCAAGUCUUCCGUUUAUUGGCCCACUGGUCAGCCCAGCGAUAAAACCACUAUUUGCGUUCUUUAAAAAACCACCUGGUGAUAGAUCAGAAAAUCACUCUGCACACGCUUCCUUAAAUGAAGAUGGGGUUGCAACAGCAUCCUUGCAGUCUGAUUAUAUGCACUAUGGAGAAAAAGAAGGGAAACUAUUGCAGAGUGAUCGUAUGAACCAAGAGAAUGCAUAUAGAUACAAUCAUCCUAGCAUAAAUCAUCCAGAAUUAAUACCACAGAAGGAGCAUUAUUUGCGAAUGGCUGGCAAUGCAUGUGAAGAACUAGCAGAAUAUCCAGAAGAGCCUACUGAUCUAUAUAACCACCCCUACCAAGAGCUAUACUAUUUGCAUGGUAGCAUUCCAGAGAACUACACAAACACUCACCCCAAUGAUCAGUACGAUAAACACCCAGAGAACAUAAAUACUUUUUCUGAUUAUGAGCACCAAGGCCCAUUCUUUAUAUACAAUACUAACUACUAUCUACCCACUAGUGGGCAGGGUGAAUACGAACAGCAAGAUAUAAAUGAGCCAUAUGAUUACAGGUAUAUACAGCACUCUGUAAGCCCUGAAGACCUGGCUAACUAUGGGCAUUUAUAUCAAUAUGUAGUAGAUGAAGGUGAAAAUGAAGAUGAUAGGAUAGAUUCUACUAAUCUAGAUGAUAGUACCAAAGAGAAUAAGAAUGAUCCAGCAGUCCCUAAAGAGAGCCCCGCUGAUGAAUUAUCUGAUCCAUCUGACAGCAAUCCGCCCCAGGAUAAAAACGGGUCUAUUUCUAGUAAAACUAUACAAGAGGGAAUAGAGGGAAAAAAUACUAACAUCGAGGAAAAUAAAGAAAAUGACACUGAAUUUAAUCUUUUGGAUUUAAGCGACACAGAAGAGGGUGUAGCACAUGAAGAAAGCAGUAGUUCUAGCCCCAAGUUGCUAGAUUCACCAUCUACCAGUGUUUCGUCUAUAAAUCUAUCAAAUGAAUCAUCUGCUGAACCUAGUAAGGACUAUAAUCCAUCAGAACUAAGUAAAACAGUUGACUCUGCAGAGAAAGUAGUGCAUAUUUCUGCAAAAGAAGAAGUGAGAACACUACCAGAUGACCACAAAGAAGAAGCUAGUCUGUUAGUAUUGAGUGACUCUGAAGACGUAUUGGAUGGUUUUUUAUUGAAAAAUAGAAAGGAAAAGCUGAGACAUCCACCACACUCAGAUGAAUUUGAUGCUUCUGAAAAAGAGAGUCUGUUAAUAGAUACAUCUCUCCUGCCCGACAAAUAG